UCGAAAGACAGGGAACCGAGGGAUGUGGUAGGUGAUGGUGGUGCAAUAAAUGUGUAUUUUUUUAUUUAGAGGUUCGUUUUCAAAAGGAACAGUCUUGCUUGGUAAUUACAAAAAAUUAGGCAAACAGCUUCAGGUUUAAAUGGCUGAAGAAUCAGGUGGACCUCCAUCAGAUAGACCAUCAUUUAACUGGUCGAUUUUAUCGCAUACAUAUGACUCUGGAAAUAACCGAACCAACAGCAGAGGCAGGUCAGAGAGAAACAGAGCUACCUGGCAGAGUGGCAGGCAACAAAAUAGGAGAGGCAGGGGACGAACAGAUAUUCGUUAUGACGGUAGACCUAGGCGGGAUAGAGAAUUUUCUGAUAAUGAAACCGAUUUACAGGGGCAAAGUGACUCUGGGUACUACAAUAAAUUUGCUGACAAAUAUGGAGUCACAAAUCACAGCAAAGGGACAGGUGCUGUAAACAUGAACACAACAGCACGUGGAAGGGGCCGACAAAGAGGGGACAAGUCAAGAAGAGGGGUAUCUAAGGAAUGGAGAGGCAUGUCUGAGUGGGGUGUUCAAGAGGCAGAGAGAGGAGACCAGAGACGUAGAACAGAAGGAAGGCAUUUUGAGAAUCAGGAAUAUGCAGAGUUCAAAGAUGAGAAAUUUGAUAAAAUGAAGAAACAAAAUGAUAAUGCUAGACAUGCAGGCCAAGCCAAUGGAACAAAAAGUGUUGUUGAUGUUGAACCUGUGAAAGGAAAUAUUGUAGAUGGUAAAUAUGUGAGACUGAAAAAAGAUAACAUUCACUCAUCAUAUAGAGAAGGACAACAAUCAGUGAAUCUUUCAAGGGAAAGAAAUGGAUCUGCUGCAUCAUACCAAAGAAGAGGUAAUGAUAAGCUAAAAAAGGCCAACAAAUGGUCAAGAAAACCAAUAGAUUCUGAGCAAGCCCGUGUCUUAAUAGAACAGCUUGUUGAGGAAAGUUACGAAUGCAUGGUUUGCUGUGAAUAUUUGAGAUCCUCUCAACCCAGCUGGUGCUGUCAGAACUGUUAUCACAUAUUUCAUCUGAAUUGUAUCAAGCAGUGGGUCAAGUCAAGUGUAGCUACAUCUGCAGGGGAUGUCAAUGGAUGGAGGUGCCCAGGAUGCCAAAAUGUAACAGAAAAGAUGCCAACAAACUAUAUUUGCUUCUGUGGUAAACUAAAAAAUCCUGAGUGGAAUCCUAGGCAUGGUAUUAUUCCCCACAGUUGUGGGGAAGUUUGCAAGAAGCAAAGGACUUCUCCUCCAUGUAAACACCUUUGCAAUGAGCUGUGCCACCCAGGACCAUGUCCUUCAUGCCCCGUUAUGGUGCCUAAAGAAUGCCCUUGUGGAAAGACCAAAACAAAAAUGCGUUGUGGCCAAUCAGUGACUUUGAACUGCAAGAAUAUUUGCAACAAAACUCUAAAUUGUGGAAUACACAGAUGCCUCCAGCAAUGCCAUGAAGGUCCUUGCAGUGUGUGCGAAGUAACUGAAGAACAAUAUUGCUAUUGUGGCCAAGAAAACAGACAACGAAAAUGCGGAGGAGAUAAAAGUGGUACGAUGACUGACAAGACAGGGAAGACAAAGUACUCUUGCAAGAACACUUGUUCAAGAACGCUCGAUUGUGGCAACCAUUCUUGUUCACAAAUUUGCCAUCCUGGAUCGUGUGAUUCGUGCAUCUUUCUGCCAAAAAACGUUGAAUUUUGCCCAUGUAAGCAGACUCGAAUAACAGAUCUCUUGCAGCCAGAUGAGAUGAGGAAAUCGUGUCUUGAUUCUAUACCUUGCUGUAAGAACUUUUGUGGGAAAAAGCUCCAAUGUGGCUCACCCGAUGAGCCUCAUCACUGCAAACAGAUAUGUCAUGUUGGUCCCUGUCAGCCAUGCGAUGGGGAAUCAAAACUGCUCUGUCGAUGUCACAGUACACAAACGGAAAUACCGUGCAAAGACAUCAAUCCAGAAAAAGACAUAUUGUGUGAAAGAAGGUGCAACAAGAAACGUAGAUGUGGCCGACACAGAUGCAAUCAAAAGUGCUGCGUUGACAAGGAACACAACUGUCAACUGAUUUGUGGCCGAAAGUUGUCAUGUGGGCUUCAUAAAUGCGAUGAGCCAUGCCACAUUGGAAACUGUCCUCGAUGCUGGCAGACAAGUUUUGAAGAACGCACCUGUUACUGCGGAGAAACAGUGCAGUACCCACCAAUCCCCUGUGGAGCACCACUGCCUAACUGCCAAAUGCCUUGCAGCAGACCGCACCCUUGCCAGCAUCAACCUCAGCACCAGUGCCAUAGUGAAGAAAGAUGUCCACCCUGUGUAAUUCUUACCCAGAAAAUGUGCAUGUGUAAUCGUGAGUUGCGAAGAAAUGUACCUUGCCAUAUAGCCAACGUAUCCUGUGGCAAGCCCUGUGAGAAGGAGCUGCCCUGCAAGUCUCACAAAUGCCAGAAAUUAUGCCAUUCGGGUGAUUGUCUUACUGAUAACGAGCGUUGUCGUCAGCCUUGUGCAACAAGCAGAAGAGACUGCCCGCAUCCUUGUGGAUCACCUUGCCAUGUUGGCGAGGACUGUCCUGAGGGGCCUUGCAAGAGCCAGAUAACAGUUAAAUGCAAAUGUGGACGAAAGUCGGAGAAAGUGUUAUGUUUGGCGGGAAAUGCAACGUCACAAUAUCACAGGUUUGCUUCUGGUGCCUUAGGAGACAAACUGAGGAAUCUUAGAUCUGGAGAGUCAGUGGAUCUUAGUGGCUUAAUGCUUGCAGAAAAACGUAGAGGGCUAGACUGUGAUGAAGAAUGUUCAUUGCAGGAAAGACAAAGAGUGCUUGCUGAUGCUUUUGGCAUUGAUAAUCCUGAAGCAAAUCAUUUCCCGUCAAUACAGUUUUCUUAUUCCUUACGAGAAGAUGCAAAAGCCCAGCUGCCACUUGUUAAGACUAUUGAAGAUGUUAUUGAGAGUCUCAUACAGAAAUUGAAAAAGAGCUCUCUUUCACAAAUUAGCCACUCAUUCCCGCCAAUGAACAACAGUCAAAGAAAACUUAUUCACGAGUUAGCAGGACUCUACAAUUGCAGGACAGCCAGCUAUGAUCAAGAGCCUAAACGGAAUACAGUGCUCACUGCUACAAGAGAGUCUUCUUUGAUAAAUCCAAAGUUAUCAACUGUUGUUGAGCGCAGGGUGAAUAAGCCGAUGCCCAGCCCUGUUCUGAAUUUUGCUGAAAAGCCAUUGAAUUUUCAGGGGAUCCCAAAGAAAAAUGACGAUCUCAAGACGAAAGAAACAUUUUCAAUCGAUUAUUUUGAUGACGAUCUACCUUGAGCAACUUUGUAUUAGUUUGAUAGGCUCUUGUUGUUUACCAAUGUUGUUACAAACUGUU